UAUAAAACUACACUUCUUCUUCUUCUUCCAUCCAUCAAACCAUCGCCGCCGUGCCUCACCACCUCCAAAUCCGGAAAAAUGCCACCGAAGUUCGACCCAUCUCAAGUAGUAGAUGUCUACGUCCGUGUAACCGGAGGUGAAGUGGGUGCAGCUUCUUCACUCGCCCCCAAAAUCGGACCACUUGGUCUCUCCCCUAAGAAGAUCGGAGAAGACAUCGCCAAAGAAACAGCCAAGGAUUGGAAGGGUUUACGUGUCACUGUCAAGCUCACCGUUCAAAAUCGUCAAGCUAAAGUCUCCGUCGUCCCCUCCGCCGCAGCUCUAGUCAUCAAAGCCUUGAAGGAGCCGGAACGCGAUCGCAAGAAGGUGAAAAACAUCAAGCACUCCGGCAACAUUUCCCUUGACGAUGUCAUCGAGAUUGCGAAGGUGAUGAGGCCGAGGUCAAUGGCGAAGGAGUUGGCAGGGACAGUGAAGGAAAUCCUCGGAACUUGCGUUUCGGUUGGGUGUACUGUUGAUGGAAAGGAUCCGAAGGAUCUACAGCAGGAGAUUGCUGAUGGUGAUGUUGAAAUCCCUCUCGAUUGAUCAAUCUAGGGUUUUGAUUUUACUCGUAUUCCUCUUUCUCUUUCUUUUUCUAUCACAUUGUGUUUUUAAUUUAGGAAUUUUGAAAGUAACUCUAUCUUUACAUAGUUUUCUUUAGCAUAAUUGGGUUGAGUGUUUGAACUGAGAUAGCUACUUGUGGUGAAUUCCAGUUGAUUUCAAUGUGCUUUUGUAUCUUUUAUACAUUAAUCUUGAUGCAACACCAUUGAUACUCAA